GGAGAGUGGGUUUCUUUAGCAGAGAGAGAGAGACGUGCCUGCAGUCACAGGGUUUAUUUAACACGUAGCCACCGACUCACCCAGCUCUCACACAUCGCGCGGGGCGUGGAGCUUUCCACGGCAAACUGACGAGCCCGACCUCUGUGUGACAGCACUCUGAACUGCGACCAGUUUCAAUCUAUCCCACUACUUGUUUUUGUUGCAGCUGUUAUUCUUGAAUUUUUUCACUCUCUCUUCUUUUUCUACUGGAAGGACUGAGCGCUUUUUAUUUUUAUUUGUCCCCGUCAAUAAAGAAACAUGGAGCGGAUUACAAGUGCGCAACCACCUCCUUAUGUUCCGAAACACGCAUCUAUGGAUACACCUGACAUGCACAGAAUGGAAUAUUACAUGUGCAAAAGCAGGAGGGGUGUGAAAAGUAGGGACGAAUGCAAGGAGACUUACAAGCUGCCCCACAGGCUGAUCGAGAAGAAAAGACGCGACAGAAUAAAUGAAUGCAUUGCCCAACUCAAGGACCUGCUGCCAGAACAUCUUAAACUCACAACGCUGGGUCAUCUGGAGAAAGCUGUGGUGCUGGAACUCACACUGAAGCAUGUGAAAACCCUGAGCGCCAUCCUGGAGCAGCAGCAGCAGAAAAUAUUGGCGCUCCAGAAGGACCUGCAGAUCAGCGAUCAGGUGGGAGAUGGCGCUGAGAGCAACGAGGACAUGUUCCGCUCUGGCUUCGACCUGUGUGCCAGAGAAGUCCUCCACUACCUGGCCAACCAGGAGACCAGCAGGGACCUAACCCCCUCCCACAUCAUUAGCCACAUCGAAAAGGUUGCAGCUGAAGUCCUACAGCAUGGAAGCAGCCCGCGACCCGGUGAGAAGGAUGGGGCGAGGAAGCCUGUCGGGCAGCUUUCAGCAUCACCCGAUGCCCCUGCUAAGAACUGUGUCCCGGUCAUUCAGAGGACUUUCCACCACGGGACUGGGGAGCAGAGCGGUAGUGAUACAGACACUGAUAGCGGCUACGGAGGUGAACACGACAAACCUAAAUCCCGGUGGUUGGAAAGCCACGGAAGGGAGGGCGAGUUAAAGACUGCUGCGUCUGAGCGGACGGUUGGCGUCAUCAAGCAGGAAGGCGAUGAGCCCCAGGCCAAGAGAUUGAGAGUGGACUCAGAGGACGAGAUUUUCUCUUUUCAAGCUGCCGGAGCUCCUGGCGGUUACAUGAACAUGUCCGCCAGUCAGCCCCCGUUUUGCCUCCCCUUCUACUUCAUCCCUCCAUCGACGGCGGCAGCAGCGGCGGCGUACCUCCCUAUGCUGGAAAAAUGCUGGUAUCCCGGCGGCAUGCCCAUCAUGUACCCGGGCUUGGCAGGGUCUGCUGCAGGCCUUGUCCCGGAAACGUUGCCCUCAUCUCUGUUGAUGUCGCCGAGGGCGGGGUCUCCGAUAGCCCACCGCAUCCCGAUGGACUCUCCUGCUCUGCACAAAGCUUUGAAGCAGGUCUCUCCUUUGAACUCUGAAACCAAAGACUGAGCAGACAAUUCUCCUAUCAGCACCUCGCCCCCACUAUAUGUUGAACAGAGGGUACAGUGUUAACCCUCCAAACAGCAGCUGUAAUUGAACCCAUCCGAGCAGAACCCUUUAUGGUCGUCACUGUCAGGUAUCAUUCCUCGGACUGUUUUUGAGGCUGGUAUAAGAGAUUUAGUAAAGCCCAUUAAACACUGUGAAGAUUGUUAGGUUAGACGGAGCACAAGAGAUUUUUGAAGGUUCUUAUUUUAUUAUCUGUCUCCAGAAAUGUUGUUGAAUGUCAGAGGAAAUCCCGGAAUGUAACUCCGCCUUCCCCCUUUUUUCCCCCAAAAGAUUUUGGACCUUUAAUGUUGCACAGAACUCUGCAAUGAAUGUAAAGAUGCAAAAGGAGGAAGAAAAAAAAAAAAAAAAGCUCCUGUAAAUGCUGCUGCUGAUAGGCGAAUGUCAGGAUUCACCUGAGCAUUUCCCUCUCCCAGGGACGGCAACAAGCCAUUUUAUUUUCAGAAACCAGCUCAUGGGGUUUGGCGUUGACCUCGCCGACCCCCUCCUGUGUUUGUGCUGCAACUUAAAAUGAACGCAGGAAUUCAUAAAGUUGAAAAAAAAUUCAGGGUGUUGGUUCAGGCCCGCUCGCUUAUCUGUUGUAGCGUGUUUUUAAAACCUAAUCUGUGACUCACUGUUUUUCUUUUUUUUUGCAUCCAGAUGGAGCUCUUGUAAAGAAACAUUUUGGUGUUCUUUCUUUUACAUCUCUAUUUUUGAUACGUGACCCACUGAGGGUAUUUGUGUAGCUGUCGCAGGAAGGAUGAGGAAGCAGCUUGAGCAGUUCUGAAGAUGUUCAUCUGAAGCUGAGUUCUUUGCUCCUGCUCUCAUUCUUCCUCGCUCGUUUGACCCAAACACCACCAACAUUUUGAGUUGCAAACAAAUUCGAUGAUUGUCUUUAAACAAAAGAGCCUGAAUGUUAAAUUUCAACAAAGAUAGUUUUGUAUAUAAAAAGGUACUUUUGAUUUUUAAUUUUGACAUUGUAAUACAAGACUGUACAUAUUUUGUAUAUAAAAUAUUGAUUUAAAUAUCUAUAUUAAAGUUAUA